AUGGCCGACGCUACCAAACGCGCGAAAAAAGCGGCCAAGUUCCGUGCGCGAAGCAAGGGUGAUGCGGUGCAGGGUGAUGAGGACGUUGGUGUGGAGGAUGCAGUGGAGCAGGUACGCGAUCAAGUAGAGGCUCCCGUGCGCGUGUCCGAGGAGCGCGCGGAGCAAGAUCCAGUAGCGCGUACGAAGCGCAAGAAAACCGCCUCCGCAUCGACCAAGACCACAUUUUCCGAGGAUGGAGCAGCACACGAGGCUCCGGCAGAGCCGACCGUGCCGAAACUAGAGCACAAGUACAUUGUGUUUGUCGGCAACAUGCCAUUCAAUGUCACAAAAGAGAUGCUGGCCAAGCAUCUCGGGGAUACGUGCGGCGAAACGCCAAGCGUGCGUUUACUGACCAAGCGCGCAGACCCCAAAGCGCUAGAGGGCCUUUCGAAUUCAAAAAAGAAAUCAAUUGCCAAGGGAAAGGCACAAAACCCCUGCGCGCCUGUGUCGCGUGGAUGUGCAUUUGCAGAGUUCGGCAGUGCCACGGCGCUGCAAAAGGCGCUGCGGUUCCACCACUCCAUGUUCCACGGGCGCCAGAUCAAUGUAGAGCUUACUGCGGGUGGCGGUGGGAAAGGCGAGCAGCGCCAGGCCAAGAUCAAGUCAAAGAAUGCCGAGCUGGAAAAGGAGCGGCGCAAGCACUUUGAGAAGCAUGUGAAGCCAGAGGCCGACGCACACAAACGCAAGCUUGCCGACGCGCCGACAGCGCACUGGGAAAAGACCGACAAGGAUGCUGCCCCUGCAAAGCGCGCCAAGUUUGUCAGCGGUGCAAAUGCGGUGCGUCUGGGGUAG